UCCCCUCCCAGCAAAGAGCCUCGUUUAACCCUUUCAGUCCAGGGACUGCCUGUCUCUUUCCUCAUUGAUACUGGGGCUACUUUCUCUCUUUUAAAUCAUGCCCCCUCUCCCUGGCUAUCCUCUGAGGUUAAAACUGCGACUGGGGUGGAGGGCAACCCACAGUCUCUGGGACUCACUUUGCCUUUGAAUGUUAUUUAUGCUGAUAAAUGUUUUCCUCACCGUUUUCUUUUUUCCCCAGCUUGUCCGAUCCCUUUGAUGGGCCGGGAUUUACUCUGUAAGCUUGAGGCUACUUUAACCUGCACUCCUGAAGGGGUAGGAUUAUUGAUGACAGUGUUAGGAGAUUCGGCCCCUACUCAGGGUAAUUGGGAAACACCCCCCUCUCUCUCCCCUGACCUCACUGACUUGCCUUCAACCCUCUGGGGAAUUUCUGACACUGAUGUUGGCCUGCUCCUUUCGGCAGAGCCCGUAAGGAUUCAGGUGAAGCCUUCCUUAACCCCCCCGUCAGUCCCUCAAUACCCCCUGUCGCUGGAAGCCCGGGAGGGCAUCCGCCCCAUUAUCGAGGGAUUCAUUGCACAAAAGCUAGUCCGCCCUCAGCGCACUCCCUGUAACACCCCUAUACUGCCUGUCAAAAAGCCUCCUAAAAAGGACGGAGACCCUGUUCGUUGGCGCUUUGUACAGGAUCUACGAGUUGUUAAUCAGUAUGUGGUCCCUCUUCAUGCAGUAGUUCCUGACCCAGCUACUAUCAUCAGCCAAAUCCCCUGGGAUGCUGAGUGGUUCACUGUUAUUGACUUAAAAUCAGCUUUUUUCAGCAUUCCUCUGCACCCAGACUCUCAGUAUCUCUUUGGUUUCACCUGGGAGGGACAAAGUUAUGUCUGGCAACGACUUUCUCAAGGCUACAGAGACAGCCCCACGAUUUUCAGCCAGUGCCUCCGCCACGACUUGGAAGGUUUCACCAGUCCGCAGGGAUCCACAUUGGUCCUAUACGUAGAUGACAUCCUAUUAGGUAAUCGAGAAGAAGCUGCCCUCCGCAUCGAUGGUAAGGCACUUUUAUUAUACCUACACACCAGAGGCCACAAGGUAGACCCUAAAAAGAUUCAGUGGGUCUCACAGAAGGUCCGAUAUCUGGGCUUCCUGUUAACCCCAGAGGGAAGACAGAUGGACCCAGCCCGCAUAAAGACUAUUCAAAACUGCCCUCUACCGAACACCAAGAAACAACUUCGAGGUUUCUUAGGAUUAAUUGGCUUCUGUCGCCCCUGGUUGCCGUCCUGCGGGGAGUUAAGCAAACCGCUCCACCGACUCACUGCUAACCUUGCUCCUGACCCUUUGCAGUGGUCCCCGGACACUAUUCAAGCCUUUCAGUUACUCAAGGACAGUGUGGCCUCCUCCAUGUCUCUCCGCCCCCCCAAUUACAGCAAACUCUUUCACCUUUUUGUCCACGAGAGGGGCGGAAUUGCUAGUGGUGUCCUUACCCAGCUGAGCGGGCCCCACCAUUUCCCGCUUGCUUUUUACUCUCAGCAAAUCGACCCUGUCGCUCAGGGAACCCCAUCCUGCACCCGGACUCUGGCAGCAGCUGCCCUGCUGAUCACAAAGGCAAAGAGCCUAACCCUGGGUCAUUUUACCACGGUUUGGACCUCUCAUGCCUUGUCAGCCCUUCUGCGUAGGGGCACAACCCAAGUCUUUUCGGCCCAUCGUCAGCAACAGCUAGAGGCCGAACUCUUAGAAGACACUAACCUAAUUUUUGAAAGGUGUGGACCCCUUAAUCCAGCUACCUUGCUUCCUGACCUGCCAGUCCUCCAGGAUCAGCACGACUGUGUGGAAGUAGUUUACAGCAUCUUACAGAUACGAGACAACCUGUUUGACGUGCCACUGGACAACCCCGAUUGCAUCCUCUUCUCGGACGGAAGCUCCUUCUAUGUUGAUGGCAAGCGUUUCACUGGUUAUGCUGUCACCUCUGAAUGGGACAUUCAAGAGGCCGCCUCACUGCCAGGCAACUGGGGAGCCCAAGCCGCUGAACUCUAUGCCCUGGCCCGAGCUUGCCAGUUGGCCGCUGGUAAGACCGUUACCAUUUUUACUGAUAGCAAAUAUGCUUUUGGAGUUGUGCAUUGUCAUAUCCACCUCUGGAAGUUUCGAGGUUUCCAGACAGCUGCCGGUAAACCCAUUCAGCACCUCCCCCUCAUCCACAAGCUUUUGGACGCCCUCCAAAAACCCUCUGUCCUGGCUGUAGUUCACUGCCGGGCCCAUACUAAAGAUAGUAGCCCCGUUACCCGUGGGAAUGCCCUGGCUGACGCCUCCACCAAGAAGGCUGCCACCUUACCUUUAGCCAUGCCCACAUUGGCUAUUGCAACCUCCUCCUUUACUCCACCGCACCCCGUACCAGUACCCGCUGCUGAACUACAAUCGUGGGAAAGCCUCGGGGCCACUCUGGUCAAAGGGACCUGGCUUAUGCCAGAUGGCCGAGCCUGCCUCCCUCGCUCCACAUACCCCGUGGCAGUUCGCUGGCACCAUGAUAAAGGGGGUCACUACGGCACGCACGCCCUCGUGGACACCAUCGCUCGCUUUUGGUAUGCUCCAGGCAUUCAACCCUAUUGCCUAUCAAUAGUGAAAGCAUGCAGCACAUGUCAGCGUAAUGGACCUGCUCCGCCUCUUAACAAAAUUAAGGGUGGAAGACCUCCGCCUGCUGCUCCAUUUCAACAUCUUCAAAUUGACUUUGCAGAUAUGCCAAAGGCUUUUGGGAAAAAGCACCUCCUUGUUUUGGUUUGCCCUCUGACUUCCUGGGUCGAAGCUUUUCCUACUGCUAAUUGUACUGCUGCCACAGUGGCGAAGAUUCUCCUUAGAGAUAUUGUACCCCGUUUUGGCAUCCCUCUUGUGCUCGACUCAGAUCGCGGACCUCACUUUACUGGUCAUGUCCUUGGCCGUUUAGAACAAGGACUGGGCAUUUCACACUCCUUUCAUACACCCUACCACCCCCAGUCUAGCGGGAAAGUUGAGCGUAUGAAUAGGGAACUUAAGUUUACAUUGGCUAAAUACUGUCAGGAAACAGGAUUAAAGUGGCCUCAGGUACUUCCCUUGGUCCUGUUUCACCUUCGUACUCGCCCAACCCGCGCAUUGGGAUUAUUCCCCUUUGAACUGCUCUAUGGACACCCCCCUUUCAAAGGCGGGGCGCUACCACGUGCUGAUGUUUCACUAUUGGGAGGGGAUCAUAUGACCGCGUGUCAGUUUCUCUCCCUACAGGCUCGCCUUCGUACCCUUUGGAAAGCCUCGCAGUUUUCCCAGACCGUGCCGCUGGAGGAACAAAUCCACCCGUUCCAACCAGGGGACUUCGUCUGGGCCAAAAAGUUCGUUCGUGACGACACCCUCCAGCCAAGGUUUACUGGACCCCACCAGGUUCUUUUGACAACCCAGACUGCAGUGUUCCUGGAAGGACGCAAAUCUUGGAUCCACCACUCCCACGUCAAGCCAGCCGUAGUGGACCACAGUGACGGACCAGCAGCUCUUGUCACCACUGAGGACACUGCCUCCGACCAGUGGACCAGCUUACCUCUCUCAGACAUUAGACUUAAAUUGACUCGAAAAAAAUGAGAGGACCCUUUAUUCUGACAACUGUAUGUUUUUUUAUGCUUUUUUAGUUUAUUUUCUGCUUA